UCGCAAGCUAGUGUCCGCAGUUGAUCUAUCACAGGCUCGAUCGACGCUGUCGGUCUCCCCUCAGGCCCGAGGUGCCCGUCUACUCCCAUGUCUCUCAUUGUGCGACACGAUUCCGCCUGCGCAAAACAUGUCUACACUGACAGAAGUCAAACCUGUGGCUGGAGAGAUCCGGGAGUCUACCGAUGAGCAGAAUGAGAAAAGAAAACUCACCGAGUCGGGAACCGCUGCCGGAACCGACGAUACUCCGGAGGCAAAACGAAUGCGUACGGAUGGCUCCUGUGAAAACCGGGAGAGCGGGUACUACUUCCAAAACGGGUUGCGGAAAGUUUAUCCGUAUAUGUUCCAGUACCAAGUUUUUGCGAAAGGCAGAUGGGUCGGGCGAACGGUACUCGAUGUUUUCUCAACUGAGUUCCGAGCGCACUCGAAAGAAUACUACGAGGAAGCAAUCAAAUCAGGACAGAUCAGAGUCAACGGAGAACCGGUCGAUUUGACUUACCGCUUCAAAGACAAUGACAAGGUGACGAAUGAGACCCAUCGACACGAAGUCCCCGUUAUAGGAUGUCCGAUCAAAAUCAUCUACGAAGAUAAAAACAUGCUUGUCGUGGACAAGCCACCGUCGAUUCCAGUUCACCCAUGCAGCCGUUAUCGACUGAACAGCAUGUUGAAAAUUCUGAGUGAAGAGAAUGGUUACAGCAGCCUCCACACGCUCCACAGACUGGACAGGUUGACAUCCGGCGUCCUGAUGUUCGCGAAGACUAAGGAACGAUCGCUCUUCAUGGACGAGCUGAUCAGAACCCGGCACGUCACCAAACAGUACCUUUGUCGGGUUCGGGGCGAGUUCCCCGAUGGAGAAAUUACUGUGGCGAAGCCGAUUGAAGUUUAUUCGUACAAGAUUGGAGUCAGUGGCGUCAAAGAAGGCGGCCGAGACUGCACCACUAUCUUCGAGAAGUUGAGCUUUAACGGAAAAUCUAGUGUCGUUCUGGCUCGACCGAAGCAGGGAAGAAUGCAUCAGAUCCGGGUCCAUCUUCAGUAUCUCGGCCAUCCGAUUGUUAGAGAUCCGCUCUACAAUGACGAGGCGUUCGGCUCGAACAGAGCUAAAGGCGGCUUGACGGAGAAAACGCCUGAAGAACUCGUAGACGAGUUGAUGAAGCGGCACACGUUGGAGAAUUGGCUGACCCCGAUGUCGGACGCGGAGCUCGAGAAUCGGAAAGCCACCUUCGGCCAGGCGAAUCCAAGCUCCGACACCCCGGGAAGUCCUGCGACGUCAUCGGCAGAAGACUUCUUCAAGAACUAUCCCGAGAAUCUCGAACAUUAUAUAACGGAUGAUUUCCGGAAAACGUUACGAGGUUACGAUCCGAGUAAAAUGCAAUACGUCGAAUCGUGUCCAGAGUGUCAACAGCGUUACAUUGAUCCGUCGCCUGAAGAUCUCACGAUGUAUCUCCAUUGCUACUCGUACAAAGGUGAAGAUUUCGAGUACACUGCUUCGUGGCCUAAUUGGGCGAGAGAGGAUUGGGUGCUCGAUUGAGAUGCCUGACUCUAGCGAAUGAACUAAUCGCGAAUGCUACGGACUCAUCCUCAUCGGGUCCUGCUAAGAGACGUCUCGAUGCCUCUCAAUGAUGAAUCACACACACCGCGGGCUGGAACCACCCUCGAUUCCGUACAUUAUCUUCAAUAAAAAUGA